GAGAGGGGCGGAGCCUGGGAUGCCGGCCGGGAGUAGGGGGCUGGGAACGCGCCCCCUGCUGAACCGGGCCGGGUCGUUGUCGCCUCGGGCAGUACCCGGCGGCAGUCGUAGUGUCCAGGCCCUCUGCCCUGCCCGGCUCUAGAGCUGAGGCGAGUGGAUCGGCACCGAGGCCCGGAGAUCCGGGCUACUGUCAUCAUCGUCGCCGCCGCCGCAGGCCUGGGUUACCUGAGCGACUUGCGUGUCAGGGCCAGCCAGCCCGUCCGUUUGAGGGCGGUUAGCACGGGAGAGACUCUAGUGGGCGAAAGGGAGGCUUGGGACCCGACCCUUGGCUGGGGAGAGGGAUCCUAGCGGAGACUAGCGCUGGCCGGGAGAGCCCUCCGGGGUCUGUGGGCGCCGGACGGCUGCCUACAACAGGUUAUUCCGGGAUAAGCCCGGCGCUGGGGCGGGCCCGGGCUUCGCUGGGGGCCGGGCGGCGCUGGGCGGGCCUGCGGGAGAGCACGCCCCCGCCCGCCCCGGGCCCGCCCCGCGCCUCCCGCCGCACGCCCGCGAGCCUCUAUCCCGGGCCUGGCCCGUGCGCGUCCGCCUGCUGAACCUGGGCACCCCCGGCCGGGGCACGGGACUGGGCGGGAUCGCUGACCUCGGCCUUGGAGGCCUGGGAUCCCCGAGCCACCCGCGCGCGCGGGGGCCUCGAAGUCGCACGCCCUCCCCGAACCUGCGCUGCUCGCGGAUCCUCGGCGGGGCGAAGCCAGGUGCCCCCUUCUCCUCCUUUUUCUCCCUCCCCCACUCCUGUGCCCGCGGGAGGUCCCGCCCGCUCACCCACUCCCCAAGGGGUGUAGCCGGCUGCGGAGCGGACAGCGGCUCCGCGGCCACCUUGUCCAAACUCUCCGGAAGCGGCUCGAGCUGACAGGGCACUCAGGCCGUCGCAGCUCCAGCGGACCCACAGUUGGGCCGGAGACGCCGGCCUUCCUCCCGCUCCCAAACUUGGAGCACUUGACCUUUGGCUGUCGGAGGAGGCAGACGCGCGGGUGGCUGGACAGCUGCGGCACCUCGAGGGCAUCUUGCCUGGGGUUCCAGGACCAAGCUCCCGACUUUGCCUCUGAGAUCCUGAGGUGUCUCCAUCAGGCGCAUGUUGACUGAGACCUGGAGUCAUGGAUGUGUGCGCUCGUCUUGCCCUGUGGCUCCUUUGGGGGCUUCUCCUGCAUCACGGCCAGAGCCUCAGCCAAAGCCACAGCGAGAAGGCGACCGGCUCGGGGGCCAAUUCUGAGGAGUCCACUGCAGCAGAGUUUUGCCGGAUCGACAAACCCCUGUGCCACAGUGAGGAUGAGAAGCUCAGCUUUGAUGCAGUCCGCAGCAUCCACAAGCUGAUGGAUGAUGAUGCCAAUGGUGAUGUGGAUGUGGAAGAAAGUGAUGAGUUCCUGAGGGAAGACCUCAACUACCAUGACCCAACAGUGAAACACAGCACCUUCCAUGGUGAGGAUAAGCUCAUCAGCGUGGAGGACCUGUGGAAGGCAUGGAAGUCUUCAGAAGUAUACAACUGGACCGUGGAUGAGGUGGUGCAGUGGCUGAUCACGUAUGUGGAGCUGCCUCAGUAUGAGGAGACCUUCCGGAAGCUGCAGCUCAGUGGCCAUGCCAUGCCAAGGCUCGCUGUAACCAAUACCACCAUGACAGGGACUGUGUUGAAGAUGACAGACCGGAGCCAUCGGCAGAAGCUGCAGCUGAAGGCCCUGGACACGGUGCUCUUUGGGCCUCCUCUCUUGACCCGCCAUAACCACCUCAAGGACUUCAUGCUGGUGGUGUCUAUCGUUAUUGGUGUGGGUGGCUGCUGGUUUGCCUAUAUCCAGAACCGUUACUCCAAGGAGCACAUGAAGAAGAUGAUGAAGGACCUGGAGGGCUUACACCGAGCCGAGCAGAGUCUGCAUGACCUUCAGGAAAGGCUGCACAAAGCCCAGGAGGAGCACCGUACGGUGGAGGUGGAAAAGGUGCACCUGGAGAAGAAGCUGCGCGAUGAGAUCAACCUUGCCAAGCAGGAAGCCCAGAGGCUGAAGGAGCUGCGGGAGGGAACGGAGAAUGAGCGGAGCCGCCAGAAGUAUGCCGAGGAGGAGUUGGAGCAGGUACGGGAGGCCUUGAGGAAAGCAGAGAAGGAGCUGGAAUCGCAUAGCUCAUGGUAUGCUCCAGAGGCCCUUCAGAAGUGGCUGCAGCUGACCCAUGAGGUGGAGGUGCAGUACUAUAACAUCAAGAAGCAAAAUGCUGAGAAGCAGCUGCUGGUGGCCAAGGAGGGGGCUGAGAAGAUAAAAAAGAAGAGAAACACACUCUUUGGCACCUUCCACGUGGCCCACAGCUCUUCCCUGGAUGAUGUGGAUCACAAAAUCUUAACAGCUAAGCAAGCCCUGAGCGAGGUGACAGCAGCACUGAGGGAGCGCCUGCACCGCUGGCAACAGAUUGAGAUCCUCUGUGGCUUCCAGAUUGUCAAUAACCCCGGCAUCCAUUCCCUGGUGGCUGCCCUCAACAUAGACCCCAGCUGGAUGGGUAGCACGCGCCCCAACCCCGCCCACUUCAUCAUGACUGACGACGUGGAUGACAUGGAUGAGGAGAUUGUGUCGCCCUUGUCCAUGCAGUCUCCCAGCCUGCAGAGCAGUGUCCGGCAGCGCCUGACGGAGCCGCAGCAUGGCCUGGGGUCUCAGAGGUUGGUAGAGGGCGAGGCUGGCCACUUCUUGACAAGCCGGGUCUCUCUGCGGCGAAUGCGCAGCCUUUCAUCUGGACAGUCUUUCAGUUCUGAAGGCCUCGGGACCAGCGCUCCACCUGCCUCUGCUUCUUCUUCCUGCUCCUCUGCCGCCGCCGCCACCACCACCACCACCACCACCACCACCACAACCACCACCACCACCACCACCUCCAUCACCACCGUCCAUGUCCACCCUGUCUAUUACCACCACAGCACUUCCUAUUUCCUCCAGAUGGAGCCCUACCCUGACCCACCCCCUUCUGGCAGCACCGCUGUGAUGCCUUGGCACUCAGAGAGCUUGGGGGAUUUGACCCAUUCCGAUUCGGAGUCCUCCCUCCACAUGAGUGACCGCCAGCGUCUGGCCCCCAAGCCUCCUCAGAUGAUCCGUGCUGCAGAUGAGGCUCUCAGCGCCAUGACCUCCAAUGGCAGCCACCGGCUGAUUGAGGGGGCCCACCCCGGCUCUCUGGUGGAGAAACUGCCUGACAGCCCUGCCCUGGCCAAGAAAGCACUGCUGGCGCUGAACCACGGGCUGGACAAGGCCCACAGCCUGAUGGAGCUGAGUUCCCCGGCCCUACCUAGUGGCUCUCCACAUUUGGAUUCUUCCCGUUCUCACAGCCCAAGUCCCCCAGACCCAGACACACCAUCUCCAGCUGGGGACAGCCGAGCCCUCCAGGCUAGCCGAAAUACCCGUAUCCCCCACCUGGCUGGCAAGAAGGCUGCGGCUGAGGAGGAUAAUGGCUCCAUUGGCGAGGAGACAGACUCCAGCCCAGGCCGGAAGAAGUUUCCCCUCAAAAUCUUUAAGAAGCCUCUUAAGAAGUAGGCAGGAUGGGGGUGGCAGUGGUGGGACAACUUGUCCUUCCCUGGUCUUCUGCCUCCCCUCCCCUCCCUUCCAAGAUACCUGGCCCCCAGCACAGGGCCUGGGAGGGGCUGGCUUUGGGGCCUGGGCACUGUACAUACCUGCCUCCCACAUCCUUGGGUCCUUCAACAUUAUUUAUUAACUGACCACCAUGGCCUGCCUCCCUCCCAAACAUGGGCUGCUGCUGUCACCCCCUCUCCGCUUCAGUGCAUGUCUUGGUUGCUGUGCCCUCGGCUCCCAGCACCACCUCUGGGGUCCGGCUGCCGUGUCUCUGCUGUCCCAGUUUUGAGGUUUGGUUUCUUGUUACUCUGUCUCCUGCUUUCAGGCUUCUCCCUCCCACCACUCCCCAUCUUCCCCUAGCAGCUAGCGGGGGAGGAAAGGGGAGUAACUUCUGACACCUGUGCCUCAGAUCUCUAUCCCUGCACCCCCACCCCCACCCCGCCACUGACGAUGGUUCUCUUUGCCCCAGACUGGGGCCUAGGACCUAAUGUUUGAGGUUUGCUCUCUGGAAGUGUGGUGGGCCAGAGGUAACCUCGGCUUGGAGCUUACUAGGACUCCAGGGGUCCAUGGGGGAGUAAAACCAGUUCCCAGAGAACAAGUCACUAGAGUUUUGAAGAGAGGCUAGGCUCAGGGAUAGAUUGGAAGCAACUUCUAGUCUGAGGAUGAGUAGGAGCCAGAGAUGGGGGCUACAAGGCAGUCACUUUUUCUCUCUUCUCUCACCCACACCUGCUUCUCUCUUAUCCUCAUUGCCCCACACUGCAGGGGUAAGAAAUGCUGUAAGAAAUGCUGCCCAAAUGCUCCCCAAGCAUCAUUAUUCCUAAGGCUCAGGACAGUCGGCUCCCCAACCAUAGGAGCCUCAGCUAUGAUAGAGGGCUCUAAUGGGGUCCUGAAGCUGUUGGGCAGAGUGUUGUCACAUUUGAACCAAAAGACAUUUUAAAAUUGAAAUCUCCUGAACUUCCCAAGUGCCUGCACCACAUACUCCCCCUGUCAGACCUGUGUUCAUGUUACUGCAUAGCCUGGGCUAGAGGCUCAAGGACACAGCCAGUUUAGGGAUGGGGGUGGCUGAGGAAGCUGGUGGAGGUCAAGGUGGCUGUGUGACCACUUCCCCCUCACCCUUCCCACCCUCUAGACAACUCUCUCCCUUACCUGUUUUUGCUAUGGCUGUAAAGGUAUUUUCCCUCUGCCCCACUCCCUGCCAUCUUUACUCUGGGAUCCUAUUUUGGGCCUGGGGUGGGGGCACCUGGGGCUGGUCUUAGGAGGUUCUAGGCUGCAGACUGCCUUGUACCCCCUGGACAACCUCACAUGGGUUUUUCUGUGUUAUUUCAUAAGACUCUUUGAAGUCCAAUAAAGCAUGUAGGAGAUUUUAA